CUUUUCCGGCGAGUUCCUUUCUGUGCAAGCAGAGAAGGAAUCGUGCAUCUGCGUCAUGCUAUGAACUCUUCGUUUCGAUUUUCGACGACAGUCUCCUGUUCCCGUUCUGGCGCGUUUUCUCUCCCACUGAAUAGUGCCACCGGUUUGUCUUAGAAAACACUUUGCCACGCUUUCUGCGUACCCUGGACUUUCUGGCCUUCUUCCGAAGAAAGCCUGAAUCUGCGAAGGUCCGUUCCUGUCCCGCAGAGACCCGUGGGCUGCGUGUUGGACGGUUCACCACGUGUCUGGUUCCUUUUUUCUCGUCAGCUUAACGCCGCGCCGGUGUUGUGUGGGGACGCGAAGGAUAGACUUCUUUUUUUCUGCUUGGCCGGAGUUGUUUCUCUCUAAUUCAUAUCUUUUCCCCUUCGCGCUUUCGUCGACGUUUUCCUUCUGAGAACGCCCGAGUCGUCUGCACAGAACCCGAUUUACCCCCCCAACUGUUUCGCAGUGAAGCGUGCGGCAAAGCGCAACGCACCCGGGCUGACCAGGCAGAUUUUUUGGUCGGUUCUGCCGGGGAGAAGUUCUCUUACAAAUUCGUCUUUUCUGUCCGUACCAAGUUCGUCACUUUGGGGCGGCAUAUCUUCCUGGUGCCAGGUCGCCCCGCCUGUCAUUGCGACGAGAAUUCCUCACUCCUUGGAGGAAGCCAGAAUCGAUCUGCUCAGCGCUCUCUUUGAAGCACAAUGAUAAGGUCAGUGUCCAGGUCCGUUGGGACCUCUUCUCAGCAGCACAAUGUGCCCAAGCACUUUGAUAUUCUCCCGUACCCCCCCCUCAAAGUGCGGGUCCACCCCGUCGUCGUCCUCACGAUCUUGGAUGCCUACCUGAGACGCGAAGAGGGUCAGAUGAACGUCAUUGGAACGCUUCUCGGAACAGUGUCCGAAGGCAAUGUUGUGGACAUCUCAGACUGCUUCGUCGACAGACACUCGCUCACAGAUGAGGGUCUGUUGCAAAUCAUCAAGGACCACCACGAGACCAUGUACGAGCUGAAACAGCAAGUUAGCGGCAGCGGCACCAAGGACAUCGUCGUGGGUUGGUUCUGCACUGGGAGCGAAAUGACGGAGUUGACCUGUGCCGUCCACGGCUGGUUCAAGCAGUUCAACAGCGUCUCGAAGUUCCACCCGCAGCCGCCGCUUACGGAGCCCAUUCACUUGAUGGUGAACACAACCAUGGAUCGCGACAACCUUUCCAUCAAGGCCUACAUGCAAGUCCCGAUGAACAUGGCCAAGGACGCUUGCUUCCAGUUCCAGGAACUGCCUCUUGAAUUGUUUGCCUCCUCGUCCGACCGCGCGGGUCUUUCCCUGCUCUUGAAGGUCCGGGAGGCGAACCGACGCCACCGCCAGCAGCACGAUGGCAGCCGGGCGAGUGCGCUCUCGAGCAGCUCAACCUCGUCCGCCGCCGCUGUGGCAGCGAUCAGCGAUACCCCUGGAGUUGCAGGUGUCCCGGUCAUCAAGCAGGGCUUGGGUGCUGCUCUCGAGAAGCUGUCUGAUCAGCUGAACAAGUGCGGAGCGUACGUCAGGAGCGUCCUCGAUGGCUCUGAAAAGGCGGACCCCGAAAUUGGCCGGUUCCUUAGCAAGGCGCUCUGCGUGGAGGCUGUUCAGGACCUCGAGGUCUUUGAACAGAUGUGCCAGAACGCACUCCAAGAUAACCUGAUGGUCGUCCACCUCACCAGCCUUGCUCGGCUACAGUUUGCUGUGGCUGAGAAACUCAACACGUCCUUCUUCUAAACUUGGGGAGCCUCCUGUUGGUAAUACAGCUCGGGACUUGACACAGGUGCGGACGGUGUGACGCGUGCUUGUGUCAGUGCAGCGCGGUGCAUUUGUUGUCUCUAUCGCUCACUCUUUGUCCGGUCGUCUAUGGGAGUCUCAGGCUGUGGACCCUGUCGAAAGAAAACUCCACUUUUAUCUUGUCCUUGAUACUGCGCACACUUCGGGGUUGUGCCGAGGCGGUUGGGGGCCAACGAACGGACGCUCCGGGGCCCUGUGGAGUGGGCGAGACGAGCGUCUUGGAAGUAGCCCGCCUCUCUUCCCGCUCGAAAGUCCACGGACACCACUGCAUUCUGCUCUGUUUGGUACAUAUGGUAUAGCUCGAGUGCCCAAGCAAAGUUAGGAUGUGGAUUCUUGAUCUUUUUUGUCGCUGAGAUGACACACACGCCCCCAGAAGUUCUCUAGUUUUGCGAAGACACGGAAGCUCUGCGCGGCAUCGAAACUUCGUGCCGCGACACUACGGCGAGUGAAUGUAACGCGCUUUGUCUUGUUUUGAGCGGUUGCGAGUCUCAAAACAACCACACGCUUUUUCACUCGUGGCAGUCUUACAACUUGCGCCAGACAAGCGACUUCCAUUGCUAGGUACCCAGUGACGACAUAGGACCGCUGUUUGCCGGAUUAAGCAGAUCGACCAGAGGCAACGUUUCAACAAAUGGAAAGUGACGGAGGACCAGGUGAACACUUUGUGACCGGUCACAGGCCUAUCGCCCAUUUAGAAGUCUUGAUCUUCACUUGAGGCGAGCGAGCUGCCUUCGAUGCAGAGAAAUCAAAGGCACGCGAGCUCUUCUCACAUAAGCGCAACCGUGCUGAAAGCGGGUUCGACUGUAGUAGCGCCUGCAACGUUUCAGGAAUUUCCCAGGCUAACCGAGAUCAAGGCUCCGCUUGAACGUUUUCAUCUGACCGGCAAGCUAGAGAAACGAAUCUGUAUAUCCUUUUAUAGUGGCACACAAAACAUUGUCUUGCUUUUCUACGCAAUGUAGGGUGUCCUGGGCCUGUUUCAAAUCUCAUUUUCACGUCUCAAAAAUGACAAAUCGAAAGGCGAGCACCUGGCUUGCAUCAUUCACGGCAUUCAGGACUUCCAAGAACAGACACUAAUAGCAUUACUUGAAUAGUGAACUUAAGUGGUACUUCAAAAGGCACGGCUUGUACCAGAAGACGAAGUCGUGAUACGUGCCCGCUCUCUGAAGAGUGCGCUGUGUCACAGGGGAAAAUCCUAUCGUCGUGGUAUGUCGUACACACUACGUGCGAUGCAUUUCGACCCAGAGAGACCCCUUGCAGUGUGAUAUCACUUCCCGGGCCUCCUGUGACGGCAUUUACGGAAUUGCGACAUUCGUGGUACUGGAGGCGCACGCAGGGACAACAUGGCUCGAUCGGAGGAGUUGCAAGCUCCGUCAAAACGCACACGCGGAAAAAAA